ACCAUUUCAUACGCUUGUAUUUCAAAACAAACCAAGGUUCGGUUCUACUUCUUGGAUUUUCAAUUAUUGUCGUUGCUAGGGUUUUUCUCUUUUCUGGCGAUCCCGAUCAUUUUUGAAUUCCUUUCAGCAAAUUCCCAUUUCUGUUAGGGUUUUGAAUCCAUCCCAAGUUAAUCGACCAAGAAGCAUGUCGUUGAGGCCGACUGCAAGAACCGAGGUUCGUCGGAACCGUUAUAAGGUCUCCGUCGAUGCCGAAGAGGGCCGACGCCGGCGAGAGGAUAACAUGGUCGAGAUCAGGAAGAGUAAACGCGAAGAGAGUCUUCAGAAGAAGCGUAGGGAAGGCCUUCAAGCACAGCAGUUUCCAUCUGCCGUCCACACUUCCACUGUCGAGAAGAAGUUAGAGAGCCUUCCGUCUAUGGUUGCGGGGGUAUGGUCUGAUAAUAGCAGUCUUCAGCUGGAGGCGACAACUCAGUUUCGGAAAUUGCUUUCGAUUGAACGAAGCCCUCCCAUUGAGGAAGUGAUUCAAUCUGGAGUUGUUCCGCGUUUUGUAGAAUUUCUUGUGAGGGAGGAUUUUCCUCAACUUCAGUUUGAGGCUGCUUGGGCUCUCACGAACAUUGCAUCUGGAACCUCAGAACACACGAAGGUUGUUAUUGAUCAUGGUGCAGUACCAAUUUUUGUUAAGCUACUUGCUUCUCCUAGUGAUGAUGUCCGAGAGCAGGCUGUUUGGGCCUUGGGCAAUGUUGCUGGAGAUUCCCCUACAUGCCGUGAUCUUGUUCUCCACCACGGAGCUUUGAUUCCACUUCUUUCUCAGUUGAAUGAGCAUGCUAAGCUUUCUAUGUUGAGAAAUGCAACUUGGACACUUUCUAACUUCUGCAGGGGCAAGCCACAACCUCCAUUUGACCAGGUAAAGCCAGCUCUUCCAGCUCUUGAGCGCCUAGUUCACUCAAAUGAUGAAGAGGUUCUUACAGAUGCCUGCUGGGCACUGUCUUAUCUAUCUGAUGGUACUAAUGACAAAAUCCAAGCCGUGAUCGAGGCAGGGGUGUGCGGACGACUUGUACAGCUCCUAUUACAUCCUUCACCAUCAGUCCUCAUUCCUGCCCUUCGCACAGUUGGGAAUAUUGUGACUGGAGACGACAUUCAAACUCAGUGUAUAAUUAAUGAUGGUGCGCUUCCAUGCCUUCUGAGCUUAUUGACUCACAAUCAUAAAAAGAGUAUCAAGAAAGAAGCUUGCUGGACGAUAUCUAACAUUACUGCUGGAAACAAGGAACAAAUCCAGGCUGUCAUUGAAGCUGGUUUAAUACCUCCACUUGUCAAUUUGCUUCAAAAUGCUGAGUUCGAUAUAAAAAAAGAGGCUGCAUGGGCAAUUUCGAAUGCAACAUCCGGUGGCACUCAUGAGCAAAUUAAGUACCUUGUCAGUCAAGGGUGCAUCAAACCAUUGUGCGAUCUUCUUGUAUGCCCAGAUCCAAGGAUUGUUACAGUCUGUUUAGAGGGGCUAGAGAACAUUUUGAAGGUCGGAGAAGCCGAAAAGAAUCUGGGUACCAAUGGAGACGUUAAUCUAUAUGCACAAAUGAUUGAUGAUGCUGAGGGUUUAGAAAAGAUUGAAAAUCUCCAGAGUCACGACAACCAUGAGAUUUAUGAGAAGGCUGUCAAAAUACUCGAGACGUAUUGGUUGGAGGAAGAGGACGAGGCAUUGCCCACAACUGAUGGUGGGGCUCAGCCUGGUUUCCGCUUCGGAGGAAACGAACUUCCAGUUCCUUCUGGUGGAUUCAACUUUAGUUGAAGACUGAAGGAUAUGCGCUUUUGGUGAUGAUACGAAGGAGAGUAGUACAUGUGUCGGCUCACAAGCUUAUUUGUCGGGGUCGAUUGGAUUCAAUUCGGGUCCAAUCUGGGGCAUCUUAAUAUUGAGUUUUUAGUCUGGUCUGGUCUGGUCCAGUUCACAUUGUGUUCAAGGAGAUGCUUAAAGAGGGGGCAGAGUUCAGUUCUACGACGACUGCCAAAAUGAAUGGGAAAAAGGUAGGUCGUUUUGGCACGAUGACGUAGCAUCAGUGUUCACAAAAUAUCUGCAUUGCAUUGUACCAUGUAAUAAUAAUGUGCUCAACUGGGCAAUUAUGGGUUGCAUCAUAAGCAUUUGAUUUGUGUACUUAGUUGGGAUGGGUCUGGUAGCGCAGGGUGUUUUUUUUUUUUUUUUCUCUCAUUUUGGCAUCGAGUCUGUUAUUUUUUUUUCUUCUUUACCAUAUUUUAGGUCAUUCGUGAUUGUUGUUUUUUACUGGCAAUUGCUUCGGAGUUGGGAUUUACUGGCAAUUGCUUCGGAGUUGGGAUUUGUUUUGACUUAUCGAGUGAAUAUAGUAUUUUUAUUAUUAACUUUGUUAUUGCUAGGAAAGAAAUUGGUGGUACCUUUGUAUUUUUCUUUUUUAUUAUUAUUUGAUGCACAUGAUUUCAUGCAAAGUA